CACUUCAGAAAUAAAAGAUUGCACUGCACUGCUCUUUCUCAUCUGCAUAUGGCCUACUUUUCUACGACAUGGACUCUUCGCUUCUUUCCAUUUGAAAUUCAAAUUUAAACGGCACUUAUGAGAAAUUGACGGCAUAGAACGACAGAGGAGCAUUAACGGUUCUAGCUUCGAUUUUUUGAGGUUGCAACAACCAACGAAGCAUGGGAGACUCAGCUUGUCUCAUGCAACCAUUCUCCUACACUUCUGGCAUUCCCAAUGAAGCCAACGAGGGUAACCCUAUUCAUGCUCUGGUGCAGUCAAUCUCAUUUGGGAGGUUCAUGUCAGAGUCCUUAGCUUGGGAGAAAUGGUCUACCUUCUCUCACAACCGCUAUGUUGAAGAGGCGGAAAGGUACUCCCGGCCUGGCUCUGUAGCUCAGAAGAAAGCUUUCUUUGAAGCUCAUUACAAGAAAAUCGCUGCUCAAAAGGCGGCAGCUAUGCUUGAACAAGCUAAUGCAGCAUCAAACAAUGAAACAGCUGAAGAAGAAGUAGCUAACAAUAUCAAUCCCCCUGAUUCGGAGAUAGUGAUUCCAAAUUCCAAUGAGGUUAUUGACCAACAACAUGUGGUCGCUACUCCAAAUACCGCAGCAUAUUCCUUUGUCAACGACAAUGAGUAUGGUUCAAACGCUGAGAAGGGUCAGUUUGAAAGUCGCAUUGUGGACGGAGCUGAUCUGGUACCUGAAAAUCAUGUUUUUGUGGUGAAUUCAUUGGAAGUUGAAAAAUCGAACCAGCUUAGGGAUGUUGAUAAUCACAAGUUAGCUGAAACGGAGCUCGGUGGAACGCCCCAAAUGGAGAAACCUCUAUUGAGGAGCUCAAACUCGAAUCAAGAUUCUUUGGCGUCAAUGAGCAAGAAGAAACCAUCACUUUCUUCCUCAAGUUCAUUGAUUCAUGGUAGAGCAACUAAGGUCCCAUCUUCACCUGCCAAAGACGUGGAUCCUAUUGGUCCCAAAAAGGAUAACAAUGCUACUCCCAUGAUUAUGAAGUCUGCAAUACACUCAGCAGAUAAGAAGAGAUCAACUCCGAAAUCACAUUACAAGUCAGUCAAUUUCACUCCCAUUAGGGAAAUUAAUAGGUUCACUUCGAAAGUUAUCCGGAAGAUUGAAAGUUCAAGACCUGGUGCUAGUUCUUCCAAGACAUUUAAAGAUUGCUUGACUCCUUUGAAGACCCCAACUACGGUAUCGAAAAAUGAGGUACGAAGGCAUCCUUCAGCUACCCCUUGGUCAGCAGAGAGAAGGGCCAGGACACCACUUGAUCCCUCAGCCCCUGAGAGCAUAAAAGUCAGCCAAAAAUGGCGCUUGCUUCCUACUGAUUGUUCCAAAUAUUUGAGUGCAUGCAGAAACAAAAUGCAGACCCCAAUUUUAUCCACCCCUUUCAGCUUCAGGACAGAGGAAAGAGCUGCAAGAAGAAAGAAGAUUUGUAUAUCUUUGCCAUUUCUCCCAUGUUGCUUCCAGAAGCUAGAAGACAAAUUCAAUGCUAAUGAUGCACAAAAAGUGCAGCUGCAAACAAAAAUCAUGGAGAAAGCAGAAACAGAAAUUAGAAAACUGCGCCAAAGCCUUUGCUUCAAAGCCAGGCCACUGCCUAGUUUUUACAAGGAAAGAAAAGAGCAACAGAAUGAGAUGAAUAAGAUUCCAUUGGCACAUCCAGAGUCACCCAAGCUAGGAAGAAAGCCCACUCGCAUCAUGGCAGAGAGCACAUCCUCUCUACCUCCUCAGAGGCCUUCAAUCAAAAGAAGCGGCUCCAAGCCUCUCCAUGGAAAGGAUUAUCAAACUACUCCAACUCGUUCUCUCACUCCACAAUCUAUAGUGGAUACUCAUGAGAAUACGUCUCCAAAUAUUCAGAUGGAUAGCCAUAUCCACAAAUAUCGCACUUAGGAAUGGAAAGCAGAAUAUCAUUGAACAAGGUCGAAUAUCAUUCAAUAACACCAUUGCUGCUUAAAGCUUAGAGCGACUUUCAGAUGUGCACGAUGACUCUGUGUGCCAAAAAGAAACAGCCAGGGAUACCAGCACUUCGAUUUGGAUAAAUUUCACAAGUUUAUGCAGCAGUUCUUAAUGAGAUUAGUACUUAGCAGACGUAUGCACUGUACAAUACUUCCAUUUCAUCUGUACCCGGCAAUCAGCAUUAUAAAUGAAUUGAAGUCAUCCUGUAGUUUAGGAUC